AUGACAUUGUCAAACUUACUUCUUCCAGGCCCAAGAGCUGCCAGAGAGUACACUGAGAAAUCUGAACUACGGAUUGUUCUUGUUGGUAAAACUGGAGCUGGGAAAAGUGCAACUGGAAACACCAUCCUCGGUGAGAAAAUAUUUGCAUCUAAAAUCGCAGCACAGUCAGUAACAAAGAAAUGUACUAUAGGGAAAAGAGAUUGGAAUGGCACGGACAUUGCAGUCAUUGAUACUCCUGGUCUUUUUGACACAGAAAUUUCUUUAAAAGAAACUAUGAAAGAAAUAGGGCGUUGUGUGGUAGUCUCCUCCCCAGGACCCCAUGCUAUAGUUCUGGUGAUGCAGUUGGGUCGUUUCACUGAAGAAGAGAAAAAAACAAUUAAAAGAAUACAAGAAAUUUUUGGGGAAAAGGCUUUGGAGUACAUGAUCUUCUUGUUCACCAGAAAAGAUGACUUAGAUGGUAAGCCUUUACAUGAUUAUCUUAAAAGUUUAAAGGACAAAGAUCUUCAGAGAUUGAUGGAAAAGUGCAGGAAUCGAUGCUGUGCUUUCAACAACAAGGCAGAAGGACAGGAGCAGGAAGCCCAGAUUUCAGAGCUGAUUGAAAUGACUGAUAAGAUGGUGCAAAAGAAAGGAGGCUCACAUUAUACUAAUAACAUGUAUAAAUACGCUCACAUGAAACUUCAAGAAAAAAUCGAGAUACUCAGAGAAACCGUUAAGGAAAAGAUGGAAAGAAAAGAAAGAGAACAUGAUGAGGAAUGUAAAAAUAUAGAUAAGGAACUAAAGGAGGAAGGCUCACAUGAUGAAACCACUCUGAAACAGAAGACCCAACAGAAGGAGGCCCUAGGAGAAAAACUGGAAAAAGAUUUAGAGGAAAUAAAUAACAGCUACCAGGAAGAGCUAUGUAAACUCAGGGAACAAGCUGAUGCUUCUAUAAUAGAAGCCAUUUUAAUAGAAUUCACACACAUAUUUUCAAAAAUCAAAUGCUGGUUUGGAUAA